AUGCACACAUACACCCAUGUCCAGUAUCACCACGAGUACCACCGCUACUACCACCACGUGUACCACCUCUACUACCACUGCUACACCGCUAGUACCACCACUACUACGACCGCUACUACCACCACUACUACCACUGCUAGUACCGCCGCUAAUGCCACCGCUAGUACCACUGCUACUACCACCGCUAGUACCGCCGCUAAUGCCACCGCUAAUACCGCCACUAGUGCCACCGCUAAUACCACCGCUAGUACCACCGCUACUACCACCUACCACCGCUACUACCACUGCCAGUACCACCGCUACUACCACUGCCAGUACCACCGCUACUACCACUGCCAAACCACCACGACUACCACCGCUAGUAUCACCACGAGUACCACCGCUACUACCACCACGUGUACCACCUCUACUACCACCACUAGUACCACUGCUACUACCACCACUACUACCACCACUAGUACCACCACUACCACUGCUAAUAGCACCGCUAGUACCACCACUACUACGACCGCAAGUACGACUGCUACUACCACCACUACUACCACCGCUAGUACUGCCGCUAAUGCCACCGCUAAUACCACCGCUAGUACCACCGCUACUACCACCGCUAGUACCGCCGCUAAUGCCACCGCUAAUACCACCGCUACUACCACCGCUAGUACCACUGCUAGUACCACCGCUACUACCACUGCCAGUACCACCGCUACUACCACCACUAGUACGGCCACUACUACCACCGCUACUACCAAGGCUAGUACUACCACUAUGACCACCAGUAGUACCGCCACUACUACCACUGCUAGUACCACCUCCAGUACCACCUCCAGUACCACUACUAGUACCACCCCUACUACCAUCGCUAGUACCACCGCUACUACCACUGCUAGUACCGCUGCCCGUACCGCCGCCAGUACCGCCGCUACUACUGCCACCUACCACCGCCAGUACCACCACUACUACCACCACUAUGACCACGCUACUACCACCACUAGUACCACCGCCAGUACCACCACCACUACCACCGACAGUACCACUGCCAGUACCACCACCAGUACCACCGCUACUACCACUGCCAGUACCACCGCUACUACCACUGCUAGUACCACUGCUACUACCACCACUAGUACCACCGCUAAUAGGACCGCUAGUACCACCACUACUACCACCACCAGUACCACCACCACUACCACCACUACUACCACCGCUACUACCACUGCUACUACCACCGCUAUGACCACCAUUAGUACCACCAGUAGUACCACCACUAACACCACCACUACUACCACUAUUUCCACCACUACUCCCUCUGCUACCUACACUGCUACCCACCACCAGCAGCACUAUACCACCACUGCCAUGACCACUGCCACUAGUACCACCACCAGUACCACCACAAACACCACCACAAACACCAGCACUAACACCAGCACUAUGACCUCCACUACUCCCUCUGCUGCCUACACUGCUACCCACUACCACCAGUACCACCAUUAUUACCACCACUAG